AUGGCGACGACGAACCUAGCUGCCCGCUCCCCAACACCCCAGCAGCAUGCCCAGCCCUUGUCGAAGCGAGACAAGAGACGCACUGCGAUCCAUGACCGACUCAAUGAUAUCCGAGAAGCGUUUACCAACAAUCGCGACUACCAUUUCCGCCAGCAUGUGCAUGAGCUUCAGAAUGAGAUGGCCCUGAUCGCCAAUGCUGAAGUUUAUGACGAGUGGCCAAUGAGCGAUGCCCCCGAAGACGUUGCCAAUCAGCUUAAGCAGCUGGCUGCGAGCGGGCAUACCGUAUCGGAGGCCCCCGUAACUGGGCGGUGGUACUCGAGAUUUGUUGACGAGAUAAAUCGGAGUAAGGAAGAGAGGGAUGUGGAGCUGACCGUCGUUAUGCAUCGUCAUCGUGACAAUCUCAACAGGUUAAAGCAAGAUCGAGAAUUCCGACACCAAUUCGCCAUCGAGGAGUGUGCCAAACUAACUGACACGAUUCGGGAGCGGCUGAUCCAGUCAAUCUCCCAGCGAAAGAACCGCCUGAUGCGUGAAAAGGAGCAACUCGAUGUUGCAGACACGAAUGCUCUGCUUCUUCAUCCAAAUCAAUUCAGCAUCACAAAUCCCGGAAGCCCUGGCGGACUCCAGAGCAACCGAAAAACAAGGCACACUCGCCAUAGAGUCGAUGUUGAUGAGAUGGGUAACGCGAUUAUCGCAGAAACAGCCAUCAAGAGGAAGCGAAAAGCACCAGCGGACGACGACUUCGGAUCGCCGAAUGUUGAAGGCCUUUCCACACCCGCAGAUCGCGCCAAGGCCCGUUUGAACCAGCAACAAAACGCGCCGUUGUACAACAUCCUCUCUCUUUUCACCGAAAAGGAACUUGCCAUGCAUAGCAAUCAGGCGCACGUUGCCGCGUUACACUUCCUGUCAGCUUCAAAACGCGCCAAGCAGGCGGCGGGCUCGGCGGGACAGGGCAUUGAAGGCGAAGAAGGAGCGGGAUCCGGUGACACGAGCAGCCAAGAAGAUGGCAUGGCCGCACCGGAGAUGGAACGAACAGCCAGUCAAAACGUGCACGCGACACGUUCGACACGGAAUAACGCAACCGCCGGGCUCAACCUCCUCGGAGAACUCACCGACAAGAACGCAAACCGCCCCAACUUACCGUAUUUCAUCCUGGGCAACUAUCACCAACGGCCCAACGGCUCGGGAACGGCGCCACCCCCGCCGCCUUUGAUGCCCGAGGAGAUCGAGGAUGACAUUGCGCGCAUUGAAAAGCUGAAGAAGACGAAGCCGCGUGGAUGGAUCGAUAAUCGUCUCGUCAACCACCUGCUGGACGCGCUCGUGCCGCCGGAGUCCGAGGCGACGACGGUCAGCUGCGAGCGAUUCAGCAGCCUGCACCCAGACUUUCCGCGGGAGAUGGAUGUGCAUCUAGUUCGGGCGUAUCCUCGGCAAGACAGCUAG